GAUAUUAAUUUAAUAAAUGCUUCCUUUUAAGUUUAAAAAUAAGCGAUUUUACAAGUAUGUGAAAAAGUCCAAAGUAAUGUAACGUUUUGGUUCUUUACAAGUCUUUUGUAAUUGUUUUGUAAUGAAAAACGUAAACUUUUUGUAACGAAAAGGUUUACCAGUGUAAGUUUAUUUUAAGUUUAUUUACAAACGCGAUUGUUUACUGGGAUAUACAUUAGCUUAACUGACAAAUACUCAAAAUUUUUCCACUUCAGACAAAUACCUUCAAGAAAAGAUAUAUACAAGUAUGUCGACGAGAUACUUUCACAAAUAUACCCAAACGCAAAGUUUCUAAUGACUGAUAACGAAUUAUCAUUUACAAGCCUAUGUGCACAACAAAUUUACAAAAGGUUACAAAUAGCUCACACCAAAACGCCAGCGUUUCAUUCUACUACAAACGGACAAGUAGAGUGUACGCACAGCAUAAUAAUUGAACUCGCGAAAGUUUUGGCAGACCAGCACAAUUCAGCACCAGAAGAACAGAUAUUUGAAGCCGUUCGGCAAUACAAUAAAACGAUCCAUUCGGUAACGAACGAAAAUCCGAGGACGUGUUCUUCAAUCAAAAGGGGUAUCCUGACAUCCACGAACGUCUACAAGAAAAUCAGGAACGAGUAUUACGUUAUCAGAAUCGUAAUCGACAGCAGCUGAAUUAUAGACAAGGUGACGUCAUAUUUGUGAAGACGCACAGGCGAAAUAAAACCGUGAAAAAAUACGCGAAACAAAUUGUUAAAGAAGACACCGGAAGGACGGUAACGACAAAUAGGGGACGCGUUAUUCACAAAGAUAACAUAAGAGUACAGGCCUAAAAGAUCAAUUAACUUUCUUGGUUCUGCGCUAAAAUUUAUAACUGGUACACCAGAUCAUGACGAUCUUAUAGAAAUCAAAACGCCAAUUAGUAUGCUAAUAGAAAAUAAUAAUAAAGAAAAAAGCAUUAAUUCGCAGUUUGAGAGAAUACUUGAAACACUCGAUCCUAAAGCAACAAAUGACAAUUUAAUUAUAGCAGAAAUUUAUAAUGAAUUGCAAACAAUUACAAACAAUAUUAAUUUUGCGAAAAAUAACAAUUUUUACUCUGGCACACUUAAUUUAAAUGACAUCCAUAUUUGUUACUUAGAACAAGCUAAAAUUACAAUUUACAAAUACCUAAUACUCGAAACUAAAUGUAGACCAUAUAAUGUAUACCCUUUAGCACAUAAGCAUGGUAAAAUAAUUUUAGAUCCUAAGAUAGCAAAAUGUAAUAAUUAUCAAAGAAUCUCAAAAUGUAAGAAUUAUUUCAGUAGUUUUAUUUGUAAAUCAGAACCCUCUGAUAAUUGUACUACAAAAAUUUUAAACGAUAAAUCAGCACAAUGCGAAACAAUUCAUGAAAAUAACGCUCCAAUUAAAAUUUUAGAAGACGGUCACAUCUUGACAGAUUACGAGCAUUCUUGGAAUAGUAUGCCUAUAUCUGGCCCUAAAUUAAUUCAUUUUUCAGAAUCCACAAACAUAGAUGGCAUUACAUAUUACAACCAUCAACAACAACUCAGAGAAAUCAUACACAACCAGCACAGCGAAAAACUUGAAGUACUCCGCAUUCUUUCCUCGAAAUCAAAUUACAAGUUCAGUAAUAUACAGGAAAUCUCAACAUUUUUGAUACCUAUUGAAGAAAAUCCAGUACAUUUUACGUUCUUCAUCAUAAUGGGAUUCCUUACUUUAGUAGUUACCACUCACGGUAUGGUACACCUCUGCCGAUAUCACGUAAAUAGAAGAAUGCUUCACAGACAAAGGCAAAUUGACGAGUUAUACGAAGUCGAAAUGAAACGUCUUCAACAACAACAAUUUGUAGCAGCAUAGCGAGGACGCUCCGUUUUUAAGAAGGAGGGGAGUUAACGACAUAGCCUCGCUCCGGGUCACACACACACACUCACAUACAUCUUAUCUUUUAAUAUACAUAUGUACAUCCCGAACGAACUAUGUAAACCGAUGAUUGACAUGCACUAUCAGUCGAACAAUAGAAAUGGACUAUUGCUACAAUACCAACCAAACAUGCAUUAUCUAGAAAUGCAUUCUCAACAUACUAUAAACGACAAACAUCUGGUAAUGGAAUAAUCCACUGCGAUAACCACCUCUGCAUCUCUUCUACUUGUAUAACAAACAAGUGAUAGCAAGAUAACGGAUAUCAAAUUACAACAAAGAAGUUUCAAGCAGAUAACAGCAGCCGCAUUUCAUUAGUAUAAAUAGCUGUAAGAUCUUAUAUUAAAAUCAGUUCUUAACAAUAUCAAUAAAGGUACGCAUUUCGGCGUAGAAAUAAAUUUGGUUUCUUUAACUCAUAUCGUGAAAACGAUAUUAACUCGCUCAAACAUGAAAAUGUUGAUCAUGGAAUCACUUUUUCUCCCCACUGUACUCGUACCUACGCUUGCUUCUUGACAUCCAAUGAGGUUUAGCGAAAACAUAAAAGGUCUCAUAACUAAACACUAAAUGAAGUUACAGCACUGCCAUUUGGUACAGGUACGGUGAGGAAAGUCUCAAACAAUUUUUUUGAAGUGGUCGUGGCUCUGCAAUUGGUUUAAUCUACGCAUGUAUCUUCCCAAUCGCCGAAGCGAAAUGAAACAAAUGUGGUGUGAAUAAAUCUUUAUAACACUUCUUCAUACAAUGUGAAAAUGGGUAAAAUCAGAUAUUGACCACGCCUAUGUUGAAAACUGCGAAGUGCAACAACUUACUGAAAAAAAUGUGAUUCUGUAACGUGCGACAGUCUCAAGUCUCUAAAUUUGGGAUUUUAAGUUAGAGACAAUUUUUGAGACUUCAGACGAUUUUGCUAU